AUGCCUGAAUACCCUCUGAAGUUAUCUUCUUCUGCUGUCGUGGAUACAGCCGCGUUCAAGUUGCUUGAGCUGCCACCCGAUCUGUGCAAGCUGGUCGAGUCGAAACCCGAAGAACCUUCGAGGUAUACGUCCUCCAGUAGAUUCCAGUAUCUAAUAUCCGUGCAGCUGGUUAAUCGAGGGGAUCCUGACGAGGAUGCUGUGCUCUGUACCGCAGACAAGACGUACACCACUCGCUCGAUAGUUCUCUCAAUUUCCGUCACCGUGGCAACAGCAGGGAUCGGGGAAGACACAUCUACCGAUGAGCCUUCUUAUUUGACCGGCACGAAGGUGCGAGAUCAACUAAACGAAAUCCUUGAGCUGGUGCCGUCGGUCCCGAGGCUUCACAAGCUGGACGUUCUGUUACGAGGGAAAGAGUACGACGAAGGGCAGGAGGGGGAUGAUGAUAUGUAUAUGGACGAAUUUGAGGUAGGUAAGCGUAAGUUCACGUAUGAAGAGGCAAUGGCGACGCUACAAGCGAGCGACAUAGAGCUAGACCAGGGCCUCAAGAAGAGACGUGUUCUCAUUCUCAACGGCGAGCUCCGCCCGAUCUCUCCGACCUACCUGAACGCCAUACUCGAGCUUUUGCUCACCCAUCUCGUUUCAUUAUCGCUCUCGCAUGAUUCCGCGUCCAUAGACGCGCUAUGCUCUGCACUUCAUGACGGUUACGACGUCCGGAAAGACGUCUGUAAACAGGUGAUGGCCUGGUUCGGCGACAUCAUCAAUGGCGAGUGGUGCAUGGACAAAACUGCCGUUGUGCGAGGGAUCGGUCUCGGCAUGCUGGGGCCUUACAGGGAAGAGUCGAUACCACUCGACGAGUUCCUCACAAAGUGGCGUAAAAGCGUUGGCGACACCUUCGAGUCUGAGAUGUCCGUCGACCUCCUCUGCGGCAAAUACCUCACACAAACAGACGUACUCAAAGAGCCGCCUAUCGUGGUCCUCACAUACUUCCCGUCCUUCCAACUCCUCAUCGACUCCGCGGCGCGCUUCACGGACCACUUCCUCACACGGCCGCGCUGGAAGGCUGACGAGAUCUCCCCGUUCCUCGCGGACAUCGUUGUGGACGCUAAGGAGCGGGACAAGUUCCUGCUGAAGUAUGCGCGGGCGAUCACGGAUGCGGAGGGGAUAUGGUACACUGCACGAGCGAAGUACAAAGGCUAA